AUGCACAGCUUAGGAUCCUUGAUCGCCCUCCUGGGCGGUCUUUCUCUUUGCUCCGCUGCACCAACUGAGCAGAACGUCACCAGCGAUACCUACUUCUACGGCGCUUCUCCGCCAGUUUACCCUUCCCCCGAGGGUACCGGUACCGGUGGAUGGGCUGCAGCCUACGAGAAAGCAAAGAGCUUCGUCGCCCAGCUCACAGACGAGGAGAAAGUCAACUUCACGGCAGGCUACAGUGCCAGCAAUGGGUGCUCGGGCAAUAUUCCAGCAGUCUCCCGGCUAGGCUUUCCCGGCUACUGUGUGUCGGAUGCAGGGAAUGGGCUGCAUAGUACACAGCGUGGAACGGACUUCGUAAAUGGUUGGGCCAGUGGCAUCCAUGUUGGAGCAAGCUGGAACAAAACUCUUGCUCACCAACGGGCUCUGUACAUGGGACAAGAGUUUCAUCGAAAGGGUGUCAACCUUCUGCUGGGCCCUGUGGUUGGCCCCAUCGGUCGUGUCGCGGAAGGCGGGCGGAACUGGGAAGGCUUCUCCACUGAUCCCUAUCUCAGCGGGGCGCUGGUGUAUGAGACAGUCCAGGGUGUGCAGGAGGCCGGUGUUGGUGUCUCUGUGAAGCACUACAUCGGAAACGAGCAAGAGACCAACAGAAAUCCCGAGACAGAGAACGGAAUCACCGUUGCUUCGGUAUCCUCGAACAUCGACGAUAAGACCAUUCAUGAACUCUACCUCUGGCCCUUCCAAGAUGCUGUGCUGGCGGGAAGCGUCUCUGUUAUGUGCUCAUACAACCGAGUUAACAACUCCUACGCAUGCCAGAACAGCAAGACGCUGAACGGACUAUUGAAGACUGAACUCGGCUUCCAAGGCUACGUUGUUACUGACUGGGGUGCGCAACACGCCGGGAUCGCUGGUGCUAAUGCCGGGCUGGACAUGGUCAUGCCACGUACUACCACUUGGGGCUCUAAUCUCACUACCGCUAUUGCCAAUGGUAGUAUGGAAGCAUCAAGGCUCGACGACAUGGUUACCAGAAUCGUCGCGUCCUGGUAUCAAAUGAACCAAGACACCGAUUUCCCCUCUCCUGGAAUCGGCAUGCCCGAAGAUGUCUAUUCCGAGCACGAAAUUGUCAUCGGAACUUCCGCCGACGAAAAGGACGCUCUACUCCAAAGCGCAAUUGAGGGUCAUGUCCUUGUCAAGAACAAGAAUUCUGCGCUACCCCUCCAUUCGCCCCGCCUAGUUUCCGUGUUCGGAUACGAUGCCAAAGCCCCUGAGUCCACCCGCUUAACCCUUUCCUUUGACAGAGUCAUGCCGGCCAUCCAGAACUACACCCUCUGGGUUGGCGGCGGCUCCGGCUCGAACAGCCCAGCCUAUAUUAUCGCGCCUCUCGACGCCAUUCAGCAACAAGCCUAUGAAGACAAUACCGCAGUACUAUGGGACGUGAGCUCCAAUGACCCGGACGUUGACCCCGCCUCCUCCGCCUGCCUCGUCUUCAUCAACAGCUACGCGUCCGAAGGCGGCGACCGGUCGGGUCUCGUUGACGCGGACAGCGACAUGCUCGUAAGCAACGUCGCCAACCAAUGCAACAACACGAUCGUCGUGAUCCACAACGCAGGCAUUCGCCUCGUCUACGACUGGAUCGACCACGAAAAUGUCACUGCUGUAAUCCUCGCCCACCUUCCUGGUCAAGACACCGGCACAGCCAUUGUCGACCUGCUGUACGGCCGUGCCAACCCCUCCGGCCGACUACCCUACACAGUUGCCAAGCAGGCAUCCGACUACGGUGCUGUCUUGCACCCGGUCCAGCCUGUGGCGCCGUACGGCCUCUUCCCACAGGACGACUUCACCGAGGGCGUCUACAUCGACUACCGCGCCUUUGACAAGGAGAACAUCACCCCGCAGUUCGAGUUUGGGUUCGGCCUCUCGUAUACUACAUUCAAUUAUUCCGGGCUGAAUAUCCAAAGGACAUCGGUCGAGGCGACACAGUACCCACCAACUGCCGACAUCCAGGAAGGAGGUAACCCGCGUCUGUGGGAUGUGCUCGCCAAUGUCACAGCGCAGGUGCAGAAUUCUGGGACUGUGGACGGGGCGGAGGUCACGCAGCUGUAUGUGGGGAUCCCCAAUGGGCCAGUUCGGCAGCUGCGUGGGUUUGACAAGGUCAAUGUCCCUGUGGGCGAGACGGUGGCUGUGUCAUUUUCCCUGACGCGGCGCGACCUGAGUACGUGGAAUGUUGAGGCGCAGGCGUGGGAGCUGCAGACGGGAAAUUAUCAGGUGUAUGUGGGGCGGUCGAGUCGGGAUCUGCCUCUCACGGGCGAGUUGACAUUGACCGUGUAGUUUCGUUCUAUGUAGGCUGGUCAGAUGUGGGGCUAGGAGACGUUCUUGAGAGAGAUAUAAC